AUGUCUGCUAUAUCUUUAAUAUGUUGUAUUCCGGAUAACUACCGCGACAAGAUUUCAAGAUUUUUUUCCAGCUUAACUUAUGCCUCAGAUAAAGACAGAAAACACAUUUUAUCGCGUGAUCCAUUUCAAGAAAAUCGUAUCCUCCUUUCGAUUGAACAUGAUUCCGAUGUCACUGAUCAUUAUACACAGAAAUCUGUUACUUGCUCGAAAGACAUCAUUAGUUUAAUGGAAAUAUUUUCAGGUCAUGAUCGAUGUGUUAACUCUAUCACUGAUGUUUCAAAGGAAAAUAUAUUUAUGACUAUUCCUAUCCUUCGAGAUUUAAUUACAGUAGAUUCCACUUAUCGUUUUUGCCGUGGCAAAUCAGCAUACAAAGAAUAUAUUAAUCAAUAUACCAAAAUGAAAGGAAUUUCCGAUCAUAUUGAAAAUUUAUGUGAUUUAUCAAGAGAAACUUCAAUACCAAUUAGUUCCAUUUCCUCAUCAUUAUCUACACGUUCGGAUGAGCUUGAUCAAUCAUUUAUGUACUCUCAAUUACUAAAGGAGAUUUUUCUCGAUAUGCCAGCUGACAUCAACGAAAAAUGGGACUUCAUCAACUAUUGUUAUGAUAAAUAUAAUGAAAAUAAGUCCCAAUUGGAAUUAAUUAAGGAGUUCGAGGAGAAAUAUAAUAAUCAAUCGUCUAUUUGGUGGUAUACACGACCUUGCUUCAUCUUUGAAGUUCUUAACCACGCGUUACGCACACAAGAACUCUGUAUUAUUCUCAAAAUGGGCUUUUUUCUACGUGAUCUCCAUCAUCAGAUUGAACGAGUGCAUAUGGAAAUGGUCAAUCACAAUGGUUUCGUUGUAUUUCGAGGACAAGGUAUGUUACAUGAAGAAUUCGACAAAGUAAAGAACAAUAAAGGUGGACUUCUGUCAUUUAACCAUUUCUUAUCGACAACUUUGGAUGCUCAAGUGGCACAGAUGUUUGCUGAGAGCUCUCGAAACGAUCCAAAUUUAGUUGGACUUAUAUUUCGAAUAGAAAUUACUUCAAACAAUUCAUCCGCUUCAUUCGCUCCUGUUAAUCAAUUCAGUUAUCUUAAAAGUGAAGAAGAAGUAUUGUUUUCUAUGAAUGCUGUGUUCCGCAUUGGAGAAUCGAAACAAGUCGACGAGCGUUUAUGGGAGAUGAAUCUGAUCUUGACUAAUGACAAAGAUCCAUUACUAGUUGAUCUUACUAAAUAUAUGCUACAAAAGAUUAAGGGGCCAACAUCGACGCAUCGAAUGGCUCAAUUAAUGACUCAAAUGGGUCAAUACGAUAAAGCAGAAGAGAUAUUUAAUAAAUUAAUAAGAAUAACGCCUGUCAACGAUGAACGAAUGAUUGCCAAUUUAAAUCAUCAAUUAGGAUUUAUAAAGAAUGAAAAAGGUGAAUGGCAUGAAGCUCUAUCAUAUCACGCAAAAGCACUAAAAUUCCAACAAAAAUGUAAUCCGUCGAAUGAUUUUGAAUUAUCUGCAGUUUUUAGCAACAUUGGACUUGUUCAGAAUAUAACAGGAGAUUAUUCUGAAGCGCUCAUAAAUUAUAAUAAGGCGUUGGAAAUUCAAAAAAAAUUUCUCGCAUAUAAUUAUCCAGAUCCACGUAUAGCACUCACCUAUGACAAUAUUGCUUCAGUAUUUUAUACAAUGGGGCAGUAUACAAAAGCUCUUGAAUAUAGUGAAAAUGCAGUUAAUAUUAUGCGGCAAAAAUCCACUCUAACUAUCAAUCCAGAUUUAGCUGUUUUCUAUAAUAACAUUGGUUGUAUUUAUCAAUCAUUGGGGAGUUAUUCUCAGUCAUUAUCAUACUACCAAAGAGCGCUUGAAAUACAACAGAAGUCUCUUUCGUUGAACCAUCCAACUGUGGCUAUUACCUUGAAUAACAUAGCUUCCAUGUAUAUUUCAAUGGGAGACAAUCCCAAUGCGAUCCUAAAUAAUCAAAAAGCAUUGGAUAUACAACAAAAAGCCUUUUCACUCGAUCACUUCGAUCUGGCGAUCACCUACAAUAACAUUGGUUUAAUAUACCAGUCAUCAAAAGAUCACUCAAAAGCACUUGCUAACUACAAAAAAAGUCUGGAAAUCAAAGAAAAAUCUCUUCCACAUGAUCAUCCAUCACUAGGUGUUAUUUAUAACAAUAUUGGUUCAAGCCACAAUGCAUUAUCACAACACUCGACAGCACUAAUUUAUUUUGAGAAAGCACUUGCAAUAGAACAAAAACAUUUCCCUGUUCAUCAUCCCGACGUAGCAAUAACUUAUAACAACAUCGGUGAAAGCUAUCUCUCAGCAAAAAAUUCUUCUCAAGCAUUAAUAUAUUUCGAAAAAGCAUUGGAAAUCAACGAAAGAUCAAAUCUAACUAAUCAUCCAAACAUGACUACCUUCUACAACAAUAUCGGAUCCGCUCAUUAUUUAUUACAUGAUUACUCUAAAGCACUUGUCUAUUUUCAAAAACAAUAUGAUAUACAGCGGAUGUUUCAUUCCAAUGAUCAUUUGCUCUUAGCUAGCAUACACGACAAAUUUGGUCUAGUAUAUGAAAAACUUGAAGAAUAUUCAAAAGCAUUAUUUCAUUAUCAAAAGGUACUUCAAAUAAAAGAAAGAUUGCUUCCUGUUGAUCAUCCAUUUUUCAUUGGCGCAUAUGAUAAAAUUGGUUAUAUAUGUUAUUUAAUGGACUUGUAUUCAUUAGCACGGUCCUACUAUGAAAAAAAACUUGAAAUACAACUUAAAUCUUAUCAAAACAACGAUCCAAAUUGUGAUUUAAUCGCUACGUACAACAUGAUAGGCUUCAUGUAUCAAUUAAUGAAACUUAUUCCUAUGGCAGUUUUAUACUAUAAAGAAGCAAAGAGAAUUGAAGAAGGGUAUUCACCAUCCAACCAUUUAUUGUUGGAUUCUAAUUAG